AUGGCGCUCCUUCUCCGUCUCAAAACAACAAGACUCAAAACCCACACUCUCACCAACUCUCCUUCACUCCACCACCUCUUCUCCACCUCCAAUGCCGGAGGCGACGGUGGCGAUGGUGGCAACCAUGGAAACCGACCUUCUUCCGACGCCUUCGCCGCUUUACGCGAUCUUAGAAGCACGCUCAAACGACAACCAUCCUCGAACAAUCCUUCCCCUCUCUCUUCCCUCAAUUCGCAACAGAGCGAAUCCAUCAUGAGCAAAAUCCAGAGUUUCCGAAGCCCGACCGAAGAUCCAUCUACGCAGAAGAAGCAAAUCUCGUUUCAGGAAAUGUACAUCAACAUCAGGAACCGUUCCGGUGAUUCCGGAGAAAAUUCUGGUUCGGAACGCCGCGGCGGCGCUAUGCCUAUCGAAGUUAUUCGCGGAAGCUUAAUGCAGCUCAAAGGUACGAAUCCAACGCCGUCCCCGAGUUGGAGGCCUUCUCCGAGUUCCUCGUUCGGUGGGACUAGUACAAUGCCGGAUUUAAUUUUUGGAAAGGAGAUAAGGGAACGAUUAGCGAAGGGUAAUGAUGCUUCGGUGAGUUUGAAGAAUUUCGGGUCUGUUAGGCUGAUGAGGCCUGAUGAGCUGGGUGAGAAAUUGAAGAAAUUGAGACCUCCAGUGAAAGGAAAAGAAUGGUUUUCAAUUGCUGAAUUGAAUGAGAGGUUGAAGAAAGUGAUGAAGGAGAUGGAUGAAAUUAAAGCGAAUUCCAGUUCCAGUGAAAAAGGAGUAUAUAACAUUUUGAAAGAUUCUGUUAACCAUAUUAGAGCUAAAGACGCCGAGAAGCCAAAGAUUGCUUCACUGCAGAGAGUUAAUUUUUUGUCCGUGAUGGGCGGGACUCCAUCCUUCAUGACAAAGCCUCCUAAAGAGCAUCUUGUUGAAAAGUAUUUUCAUCCAGAUAACAUGUCCUCUGCCGAAAAGUUGAAAAUUGAACUCACAAAGGUUAGAGAUGAAUUUAAGAUGUCCGAGUCAGAUUGUGGCUCUGCUCGUGUUCAAGUUGCCACUCUCACAACCAAGAUUAAGCAUCUAUCAUCAGUUCUACACAAAAAGGAUGUGCAUUCUCGGAAAGGUCUGAUAGCAAUGGUACAGAAGAGGAAAAAGUUGCUGAAAUACCUCAGAAGAACCGACUGGGAUUCCUAUUGUUUUGUUAUCUCUAAGCUAGGUCUACGUGAUAAUCCAGAACAUACUUAUAAAGCCCGGACAGGUAAAUCGGGUGAUGUAGCCAAUUAA